GGAUUUGGCGCAAGUUGGUUCAGUUUAGCCCGAGGAGGAAGACGGACUGAAGAGGACGCCUGGACAAGAUAAAGGACUUUAUUCAUCAUUUUUUAUUAGUUUUUAAGAAGGUAACACACAAGAUGCCCAGUACUCGCUCUCAAGGACGAGACCAGCCCGUGCUGCAGUUUCCCCGCCGUAGAUCCUGCAGGACGCCAGUCCGAUCCAAGACUCCCAAGGUGGAGAAGUCUCUGGCUCCAUCACCAACCAAGUCCGAACCCCAGACCCUGGUUUCAUCCCCGCCCCAGAUCAAACCGUUCUCCCCGAGACGUCAGACCGACCAGCCCAUUGUACUCACACCCAGGCGCCUCACAGAACACCCCACUCCUCUGUCACCCAGACGCUCUGCUGCCCUGCAACCGCCGUCCUCUCCAAACCUCCAGCCCCGACUUCCUUUAAGCCCCCGAAAACGCACAGGGGAGGAUAAUGGCUGUAACCUCAGCACUACUCUUCUCGGGUCGCCGCCAAAGCAGAGUAAGCCGACGCUGGCCUCGCCACGAAGACUCGGCUUUGAUGAGAACUCGCCAUCGUUGGCCCGACGUCAGCUGGCUCCACUUUCGCCACGACGGCUACUCUCCCCCUCCUCCAGGUCAUCUCCAAGGCGCCAAGAAACACCUGCAAGAAGUCCAGCCCGACAAAACUCAGAAAAGAAGCCUCCAGUUGUUCGACUCUUUGCAGAAAAGUCCAGAUUCCAGAGUGUGAAGCAGGCCCUCCACACCGCUGUCCCUGAACGCCUCUUGUCCAGGGAGGAGGAGCGGGCAUCCAUUCGCUGCUUCCUGGAGGAGAAGGUCCUGCAGCAGCAGCCGGGCAGCCUCUACAUCUCUGGAGCUCCAGGAACAGGAAAGACGGCCUGCCUCAACUGCAUCCUGCAGGAGAUGAAGGCCAAGCUGUCUUCGGUGCAGACGGUGGUGGUAAACUGUAUGACUCUGCGGAGCUCCCACGCCAUCUUCCCGCUGCUGGCCGAUAAACUGCGAGCAUCCGGCGGACAGAACGGUCUGCAGAGGCUCCUGACGUCUCCAGGGCCCUCAGUGCUGCUGGUUCUAGAUGAGAUGGAUCAGCUGGACAGUAAAGCUCAGGAUGUCCUGUACACCAUCUUUGAGUGGCCGUACCUGCCCAAAUCUCGCCUCUGUCUCAUUGGUAUCGCCAAUGCUCUGGAUCUGACAGACCGCAUCCUUCCCCGGCUGCAGGCUCGACCUCACUGCCGCCCUCAGCUGUUGAACUUCCCUCCAUACAGUCGACAGGAGCUCACAGCCAUCGUACAGGACAGGCUGGCCCAGGCGUCGGCUGAAGGCAUCAUGGAUGCGUCCGCAGUUCAGUUUUGUGCAAGAAAAGUUUCUGCAGUUUCAGGAGACGCCAGAAAAGCUCUGGACAUCUGCAGAAGAGCGGUUGAGGUUGUCGAGUCUGAUGAGCGAAAGAAAGGGUCUGAUCCAAACGCUGAAACUAAAGCGUUGCGGGUGAGCGUUCCUCAGGUGGCUCGGGUUCUGUCGGAGGUCUACGGUGAUCGCAUGGCAUCUCAGAGUGAGGGAGAGAGUUUCCCUCUGCAGCAGAAGCUGCUCGUCUGCUGUCUGCUGCUGCUCAUACGUAACGGAAAGAACAAAGAGGUCGGCCUGGGGAAGCUCCAUGAGGUCUACAGCCGGCUGUGCGCUCGGAGGCAGGUGGGCGGAGUCGGACAGGGGGAGUGUCUGUCGCUCUGCGGUCUGUUGGAGAGUCGAGGAAUCUUUGCCUUGAAGAAAGCCAAGGAGGCUCGGCUCACUAAGGUUUACCUGAAGAUUGAAGAGAAGGAUGUUGAAAAUGCUCUGAAGGAUCGAACUCUUCUCGGCAGCAUCUUGGCUGCAGGACUCCCCUGAUUUAUCUACGUUUAUUUAUUAUGUUUAUAUCUGCUUGUGAAGCUGAGCGUGUCGAUCACAAUUUUUAAAAAUCUCUAGUUUUUAUUCUCAUUUUUGCUGAGAACUUAUUUAGUUUUUGAAAAUGUUUACAAAAACUUGAUUUUUUUUUUUUUUUCCCUAGUGCUGAUGAAGCUCGGUUUUGAGUCGGUGAAUCUACAUCAGUUAUGAAAUGACAGCAUUUGUUUGUUUGGAAAUUAUUGCAUGCUGUGAAUAAACAAAUGCACAGGCCUUUUAA